AUGAAUGAUACCGACGACGAUGAUGAUGAUGAUUUGCUGAAGCUGCUUCUGACCUAUGAUUGCCCCAUCACUGGUGGCAAAAGAACCGCUGGAGACUCACCGCCGAAAAAAAUCCAAAGGUUUCCUGUUUGCAAGAAGGCUGAGAUGUCUUCAAUAUUGACUUUGUGUUGUGUGCUAGCCAUCACUAGUCUGCAAUCUCUUUUUGAGGAUGAACGAAAAUGUGGUGGAAGACAAGGAGAUGCCAAUGUGUUCUCUGAGGCCUCUUGUUCGCACGUGGUGGAACUGGCGAAGGAGAACUUUAGGACUUCUAGUCGCCCGGGACCUGCUUUGAGGGACUUUGCCAAGAUUGAUCCGAAGCAUGGUGAGGAAGGCUGCCAUAGAGUCUUCCGGAAGUAUGGCUAUGUUGCUCCAGUGACGACAGAAACCUUGCAGGUUGAUGAGGGGUUUCAGGUGCCUUUCAUACCCUUUUCCUCAUGGGUCCGCUUUUUGUUGGACACGGGGAGGCUGCCUAGACAGCUUUGCGGAGUGAAGAGCAUUGCGGCCAUGAAGCCUUUGCUGCGUGAGUUUUGGGUCAGGCAUGCAGAGCUAUGUCCCAAUCAUGAGAUUCAUGGUAUGGAUGUGGACUUGUCUUUGACCCUGCCGGUAUAUAGCCACACCGAUGAAGGAAGAACGUACAAGCAUGCUGCUUUGUGGCUCCUGUCAACCCAUGGUUGCUUGGGAAGAGGGAGUCAACAAUAUGUGGAUAGCAAGAAGGAUGAUGAUUUGCCAAUCAGGCAACGCAUGAUGGGGCUCAAUUUCAUUGGCUCUACGUGGGCCACUCAGUUCUUGAGUGGGAUUUGCUUGCAUGAUGCCAUGGCAGAACACCCGGAAGCCAUGAAUGUGAUUGUUGGCCGCUACGCAGCUGACAUGGCCACGCUUGCCCGUGAUGGAAUCACCAGCAGUGAUGGCAGGCCUCACAUCCGUGUGAUCCACUUGGCCACCAAAGGUGACCUGCCUGCGUUGAGCAAACUUGGUGGGUUCAAGCGCCACCACAGUCAUUGUCCUCGUGGUGCCUCUUCGAAGCGGGCUUGUGUUGGUGUGUGCCAUCAGUGCCUAGCUGGCACUGAAGCCACACGUCCAGGUGAAGAAGGAUUCCCGUAUGAGGAUACCUCAGUCAAUCCAUGUUGGGCAAGAACGAUUGGAAGUGUGGAUCCUUGGGACAGCGAGCCAGCCAUCUUGGCCAAUUUACCGGUGGACCAUAGCGCCAAGGCAGAAUUUUUCAGCACUGAUGUGUGGCAUUGCUUCCACCUAGGUCUUUCAAAGCACUUCUUUGCUUCAAGCAUCGUGUCGAUCAUUGAGAGGUUGGACAUGUUCAGGGGGCUCUCAUGGGACAAUUCCUUUCGCUGGCUGACUUCGGACUUCAAGGCCUACUGUGCUGCGAACAAGAUCCGCCCCUAUUUGGAUGAAAUCUCACGAGAGACACUGUCAUUUCCUUCAGGCAAUGUUUGCCCAGUAGGCCGCUGGAGCAAGGGAGAAGUAGCUACGCAGUUCAUGAAGUACUUGGGAUUUUUCUGCCAAAAGUGCAUCGAUGGGCAAACACAUGAUGAACUAUUGAUGACGGUGGCAAGCGCAGUGCGUGGCAUCAACAUGGCCAUGAGCUUCAUGUAUGGAGCUGGGUUCUGGCUAAGCCAGGCUGACAGCCUGCAGCUCUCAAAGUGCUUGAGUUUGUUCCUGCAGGGGUACACAAAGUGUGCCAGGUUGACCCUUCAAGCUGGAAAGCCCAGGUACGCUCUUGUGCCAAAGUUGCACUUUUUGUGCCACCAUGCUUAUGCCCUACGUGUUCACAGCCAGCGUUGUAGGUGGACUCCAAAUCCACUUGCUACGUCAGUUCAGCAGCAGGAGGAUUGGAUCGGCAGGCCGUCACGGCUUUCACGCCGUGUAAAUCCAAGGACUCUCCAUUCCAGGGUAGUCCAGAGAAGUUUAAUUUGCGCAAUGCAAGCUCUAGAAGAUGCAGACUCAUCAUUUUAG